UAAGAGGAUAUAGAGGAAAAAAGGGUGAAGCUGGUAAUUCCGGGGUUGAUGGUAUUGAUGGACAUGAGGGAGAACAAGGAUUUCCAGGAUCACAUGGACAAAAGGGCUAUUCAGGCCAAAGGGGUAGAGAAGGCCCUAGAGGAGAAUCAGGUGAGCCUGGACAGCCUGGAGUAAGAGGAGAUAAUGGGUUUCCUGGAUCUGACAACAAUGAACUUGGUCCUCCGGGUAAAAGAGGAAAUAUGGGACAGCAGGGAGAACCAGGGACUGAUGGAGAACCAGGAGAAGCAGGCAAGAAUGGUGCUAAUGGUCCUAGUGGGCAAAGAGGUCCUCCUGGUUUAAUGGGUGAAUUAGGAAAUGAAGGGGACCAAGGCUAUCCUGGGGAAGCCGGGCUACAAGGACAAAAGGGUGUUUCAGGGUUACAAGGAAUACCUGGACCCUUAGGACCUCAAGGUCCACCUGGCCAUCAGGGUAAUGCAGGAAUCAAAGGCGAAUCUGGUGCUAGAGGAAAAGUAGGCCAUGUGGGUCCAAAGGGUGAGCAAGGUGAUCCUGGAGAAAAAGGACAAAAGGGGCUACCUGGAACAAGAGGUUUUCCUGGCUUUGAUGGUAGUAAUGGCUAUGGCCUUGUAGGAAGAAAAGGCACAAAGGGAUUGACUGGAUCUCCUGGAAACCCUGGACGACAGGGAGAAGUUGGUGAUCCAGGCAAUCCUGGCAAUAAAGGUGCCAAAGGAAUUAAAGAACAUAGGGCCAGAAAUGGAACACCGGGGACAAGGGGUAAUCCAGGCAGUCAAGGAUCAUCUGGAAGAAUGGGUUUAAAAGGUCCAAAAGGCACAACUGCUAUGACAACUUGUCAACUUGUGAACCUUACAAGAGGAAACUGCCGCAAGAGCAAAUGUCCAGUUUACCCAACUGAAGUGGUGUUCGCUCUUGACAUGUCUGAAGAUGUUACUCCAGUUUCCUUUGAAAGGAUGAAAGGCAUUAUGAUGUCUUUGCUGAAGGAUUUGAACAUUAGCAAAAGCAAUUGCCCAACUGGUGCUCGGAUAUCAGUGCUUUCGUAUAAUACCAAUAUAAAGUAUGUUAUCCGGUUCUCCGACUUUCAGAGAAAAGAUCUCCUUAUGGAGGCAGUACAGGGAAUUCCUUUGGAGAGGACUUCAGGCCAACGGAAUAUUGGAAGGGCCAUGCGCUUUGUUGCCAGGAAUGCUUUUAAACAUCAUCGCCAAGGGGCUCUUAUCAGAAAAGUUGCUGUUUUCCUUACGGCUGGCCCAUCACAAGAUGCUGCUUCUAUCAAUACAGCUGUGCUGGAAUUCAGUGCUUUAGAUAUCAUCCCAGCAGUCAUUGCUUUGAGAGAAGCAUCAAAUGUCAGAGAAGCGUUUUUGACAGAUGAUACUGGUCGAUUUAAAUUGUUUGUUUGGGAAUCCAAGGAGGAAGAGAGAUUGAAUUAUGUUUCACUUUGUUCUCUCUGCUAUGAUACAUGUAACCCUGUUUCACAAUGUGAAAUAGUGGAUCCCCCUCCAAUUAAUAUAAAUAUGGAUGUAGCUUACAUCAUGGAUGGCUCUCGGGAUGUCAGCAGUGAGGAGUUUGAAACAAUGAAGGUGUUUGUGAGCAAAAUGUUGGAUUCUUUUGCUAUUGCUUCCCUGCCUGUUGAGUCAGACAAAGGAGCAAGAGUGGCUCUGGUACAACAUGCUUCACCAAAUUUCUCAGGGACUGAAUUAUCAAGCUCAGUAUCUUUAGAGUUUGACUUGACUACAUACAGCACUAAGGAUCUGAUGAAAAUGCAUAUUCAGGAAUCACUUCACCAGCUGGAAGGUUCAUCAGCUGUGGGUCAUGCUCUAGAAUGGACCAUUAAUAAUGUGUUUUUGGAAGCUGAUAGGCCAAGAAAGCACAAGAUCAUUUUUACAAUACUGGGAAGUAAGACAAGCGCCUGGGAUAGAGAAAAACUUCUAAAAAUGUCAUUGGAAGCCAAAUGCCAAGGAUUCACCAUGUUCACCUUGGCCCUUGGCAGUGAAACUGAUGAUUCAGAAAUGACAGAACUCUCCAGUGUUCCAGUGGAGCAGCACUUAUUACAGAUGGGCAAAGUUCAUAAGCUUGAAUUGCCAUAUGUUCUGAGGUUUAGCCAGGCCUUUUUAAAUCUUUUGAAAAGGGAAUUGAAUCUUUAUCCUCCUAUAAACUUGCAAGAAAAAUGUGACAACCUGGAUCGAGGAGACACCUAUCAGCAAGCUGUAGGGAUAACUGACAGGAUUCUGUUUCCUGGAUUGAAACAUAAUGAUUUAUUGCAACCUUCAGAAUUAUCCAGGAAAAAUGUGCAAAACAAAAUUUUAAAGACCACCCAAGGACCAAAAGAAGAACAGUAUGGUCAAAUAGAAAAUAAAUACUUCACCAGCAUCAGUAUUCAAAAUGGGAAUGGGACAGAGACUGAAGAACGUUUUGAGAAAGUACAAAGAGCAAAGGAUGUUUGUUCAAAAGACAUGGACAGCGGCGAGUGUGAAAAUUAUACUCUGAAGUGGUACUUCCAUAAACAGCAAAACAUGUGCUUCCAGUUCUGGUAUGGUGGCUGUGGUGGAAAUAAAAAUAGAUUUGAAACUCAAGAAGAAUGUGACGCUUUAUGUGUGGUAUCCUUGUAGUAUUAACAUUUAUAAACUGUAUGCCUAGCUACAUGCUAAAUAAGAAAAAAGUAGACUGAACCAAAUAUAAAUUCCCAGUUUCAGUUAAAACAGGUUUUUAAAUUCUUUGUUGCAGAGACAAAAUCUGCACAACUCAUAUUUGCUCGAAUGCAAAUUUUAAACAAGCACUCUUGUGGCAUUUUAAAGGUCAACAUAUUUGGCAUUUUGAAGAUCAACCUGUGUAUUGUCAACUUCUUAGUCCGUAAGAAUUUGUUUUCUGAUGACUUUUAUUUUUUGCUAGACUAAAGUUAUAAGCCUGUUCCCAAUUACCUUAAUAAUUCCUGUUGUACUCAAUGUAUUAAUGUGAGUACAGUGAUAUACUCAGAAUUGUACUGUAAUACAAUAAGAUUUCUGUUUCAUAUUUAAUGCCAUUGUAUUUCUAUGCUUUCAGAUUAUCUACUUUGUGAAUUUUGAAAGAAUUAUGUGAUUGUACAAAGAACAUUUAAUAUGGAUUACAAAAUGAAUAAAAGUUGAUAUUGCUUUAUAGCACCUAAAUAUAUAUUUUGUUCAAAGGGAAAACAAAACAAAAUAUGGUAUUUCAGACAAUUGUAUAUUUAUCUUUGUUAAACUAAAUGCAGAAAUGUAUUUUGUUUUCCAAGAUGCAUGGAAAAGUACAGUCAAUUUUUUAAAUACUGCUUUUUGUUAGAAAUAAACACAUUGAA